CGUCUUUUCAGUGAUGAUGCCAAGACACGCUCCAGCUUUCCAAUUCUGCUCCUUGUUCUUCACUGGCAACUCCUGACCGUCGAGCGUGUCCUACACUUUCACCUGUCAUGUCCUUCUAAUUUUGCUGUUCAAUUCGCACCCAUGCCUGUCUGCUGUGUUGUUGAUUUUGGUUCGCUGAUAAACCCUCCCUUACAGCACAAUGGGCGGCAGUCAAGAAGAAUUUCCACUCUUGAACAGCCUUGGCUUGUAUGCUGCCAACAUACUCGGUGAUGGAAAUUGUCUGUUCCACGCCCUCAGUGAUCAAUUGUACGGACACCAAAAAGAGCACCAAGCCAUACGCUCCAGAGUCAUUGGAUACAUGCGAGACCAUGCCGAUUAUUACAAACAAUUUAUAGACGCCCAACCCGGCGGUGGCACGAGGAGGAAUCCCAAGAGAAAGAAUGUCGGUUCCUUCUCCGCCGUUGCUGCUGCACCCUCCGAGGCAGAUAUCGACCAUACCUUCCAGAAUCACUUGGAGAGAAUGGCAAAAGGCGGCACAUAUGGUGACAACAUGGAGAUAUCGGCCUUCAGCUCGGCCUACAACGUCGAUGUCAAGAUCUACCAGCGAGACUUUGCCUACAUGAUCUCGGGUUCGGGUGAUGAUGGAGAGCGAGACGUGGCUCAUAUUGCCUACCAUGCCUGGGAGCAUUACUCAUCCAUCCGUAAUCUCGAUGGCCCUCACCAUGGCCCCCCGAAAGUCACUGUCAAAGCUUUGUCGCCCGAUGAAGAGCAGAAGCAGAAAGAGAAGCUUGCCCAGACACCUCACGUGCUCCCUUGGAUGGUGGAUGUCGUUCUAUCGUCACUGCCCUUCCUCGCUGACAAGCCUACAAUAAAACGCACGCUCGAAGAAUGCAAAGGCAACAUAGACGCUGCUGUCGACAAGCUGAUGGGUGCUGAAGAGAACGGCAGCCUUUCGUCUGCACAAGAGAGUUCUAGUGUCGAGCGUGAACCUGACAGCGACGAAGAGUACCCCGGCAAGGAUGGGCCCAACAAAAAACGAGACCGCAGACCCUCAUCACGACAACAGUCUCGGGAAGCCAACGCGGAUGAGAUGCGGGCCAAGUUCGAAACUCACAACGGAUCGCAAGAGUCCAUCAAGUCGGAAGCUUCUGAGUCCGUGAAAUCACUGCCCGAAAAGAAGGACGGCGAAAAGAGCUCCGACACACGUCCAAGGCCCACAAUCAGACUGAAGUUCAACGCACAAAGGGCAUCUUCACCGGCACCUGUUCCAGCCAAGGCUCAUCAACGACAGCCUGCUCGGGAUAAAAAGGACAUCAAGAAGCAGGCUCAGAAAGCAGCACGCAAGGAACGAGAGCAAGCAGCGGCCGGUAAAGACCGCCCUGAGAGCCCAAACACGUCCGGCAUGAAGCUCCGCAGCAAAGGCAUGGUCAACACCCCACCUAUCGAAUCUGGCUUCCGCACCCUCUUCAUCUGAACGACAGGCUCUUCUAAAUAAUGACCUCUCGGUACCGGAUGCAGGGAUGGUCAUGCGGGUACAUGAACAAGACGCCCUGGCAUCCUCUUUUUCUUUUCUUUCGUGGCUCUCAAUGAUGCAUAGCGUGGGCACUUUGAAGGCUGGCAAUCUGUGAUUUUCUAUACCACCAUGAGCAUGGCGACGGCGUACACAGGAGUACUGGUGGUGUAUUUGGGAUACGAAUCGGCAUUUAAUAUGCCAGAAGCAUGGCGUGAUGACUAGACGGGUAUCAUACCCGAGCUCAUAAUCUUUCAAGAAUCGUAGCGAAUAGCAAGACGAUGAACAGGGCGC